UGGAAUUCUGCCACCGAUAGCUUCAUCACUAUGAGCCUGGCAAUGCGACCUUUCAAGUACUUCCGUGGUAUCAAGCUUUGGCGGGCUCUUGCAGAUACUAGCCUACUACUCUAUGACGCUUUCCCAAGUCCGUAAUCAUCUGAAUCUGUAAGACUCUGAGGUCCUGUUUCAUCACGACACUGGCGUGGUGGUCGCAUCCAAGGAUGAACAAGCUCACGACAAGCGAUCAAGCGUCUCCGAGCUGUCAAUUUCUGCUUCCGCUGUUUCAGACUUUGGCCAGCUUUGCGGUUAGAUCGGUUGCGCAGUCUCUUGUUGGAUGCGGAGAGCGCAAUCGUCCAAUGUUGGCCAAAGAAAAAUUUCUCUACCUAUUUGAAACACAUUUAGAGGUAUUGGAACGAAAAUAUGAAUUGAUGGUGUCUAACGCCGAGAAAAACCGGAGGCAACGGGGUAGAACACCUCGUGGCGCGGCAGCAAAGUUUCUGGAGGGCCGGUCCCGGGACCCGCACGAGCCCUCAUCGGGCUGUUGCAGCUCUCUGCAGAUCCUUUUCAUGCACGAAACAAGAUCCGACGGACAUCAAACCCUUUGCCAGAAAGGACGAAUUAUCCGAUGGAAGACUUCGAGAGCUGGAGCAGUGGGCCUGAUGGGUUCCGGGCCGUCGAGGUCGACCUUUCCACGAGGGGGCGCAUCACAUCCCCAAGGUCCUCCGGUAUUGGGUUGGUCGAUCCGACCUUACUGGCUUAUGGGAACCUAGGGCAUCCGUAUGUCUCGGCCAAGCAUGCGGGUGCGGCUCAAGCAAGGAUGCCAUAGGCGAGAGGCCAAGCAUGCGUAGGGCGGCGCAGGGGAGAAUAUUUAGAGCGAACCCACAAUCCUUCAUGGAAACACAGCUGAAUAGUAAGCACCCCGCAUCAGUAAUGACGGCAACUUACACACGACGGGAAAGUUUGAUGUGCUGCG